GCAGGUCUGGCCCCGACAGAGGCCCGACCCGCCCUCCAAACGGUCCAAAUCGAGCCACCCACUUUCUCCCGUCCCCGUCCCGACAUGUCCGGCGCCGCCACCCUCCGUUCGCGCACGGCCGUCGCGGCCGCUGCGUGCCUUGCGGUCCUCGCCGCGGCGGCUCUUCUCCACCGCAGGCGCCGCCGGAACCGGGGGCGCCCCCGCCGCGCCUGCGAGGAGGAGGAGAAGCCGCAGGCACGGUUCAAGCGCGUGCUCGCGGACAACUCCUACUCACCGUUCAGGCACCUGCGCCGCCAGAGUGCUCAGCCGGGAGGAGCAGAAGGCGAGGCACCCCUGUUACCGUCUCAAGAAUCAUCACAAAGAGUCCACCCAUUCGAGAAGGAAAUCACAUCUUUGCUAAACAAGCCCCCUAGUUUGCAUAGCUUUAUGCUGGGUGACCAAUGCCCGGAAAUGAGUACUCCAUAUAAUUGGGUUGAUACAGAAGCUCAACUGGAGCAUUUGACAAGAUUGUUGGGCGAGGAAAAGGCUUUUGCUGUUGAUACAGAGCAGCACAGUGUUCGAUCCUUCCUAGGAUAUACUGCACUGAUGCAGAUCUCUACCCAGAAGGAAGAUUAUUUGAUAGACACAAUUGCAUUGCAUGAUGUGAUGGGCAUGCUACGUCCAGUGUUUGCCAAUCCUUCAAUCUGUAAGAUCUUCCAUGGAGCUGACAAUGAUGUUCUUUGGCUUCAAAGAGAUUUUCAUAUUUAUGUUGUGAAUAUGUUUGAUACUGCCAAGGCAUGUGAAAUUCUGUCUAAACCACAGAAAUCAUUAGCAUAUUUGCUUGAAGUAUAUUGUGAAGUGACCACAGACAAGACAAUGCAGCGUGGAGAUUGGAGAUUGCGCCCUCUGACGCCAGAAAUGAUUGAGUAUGCUCGCACUGAUGCUCACUAUCUGUUGUACAUCGCAAAUUGUUUGGCAUCAGAGCUCCAUGCAAAAGCAUGUGAUACUUCCAGUGAUAAAAUCAAUUUUUUCUUCGAGGCUAGUCAUCGCUCAAAUAUGGUCUGCAUGCAACUUUAUGCAAAAGAAAUUGAAUGUCCUCCUGGAGCUUCCAGUGCAGCAUCUAUUCUGUCACGAAAUUUGCAAACUCAUGGUCCAGACUCCAAAAGGUCUAGUGAAGUGAAGGAUCUUGUUUGGAAAUUUUGUGCAUGGAGGGACUUAAUGGCUCGGAUGCAUGAUGAAAGCUUACGGUAUGUUCUGUCAGACCAAGCUAUAGCUGCCCUUGCUGUUAGUCUUCCAAAAGGCCCAACAGAGGUGUUUGCUGUCAUAGCAGAAACUGACCGAAUCAUUUCAAGUAUGUACCCCUCCUUGUCGUCACUGUCACCUAUUGUUGUUGCUCAUGUUGAAGAACUUUGCUAUCUGCUGGAGGACACCACUACCAGCACAGAUGGUAUCUUUAAAAGUUUGCUAGAGAAGUAUAAAGAUCCAAGUGGAUUAUGUCGACUAUCAGUUUAUAAUUAUAACCUUAUAACAAACCUAAGUUUGAAGCAAACAAAUAUGUUUUCCUUUGCUCCAAGUGGAGAAAAGUUGCUGACAGCACCGCCUAAUAAAAAGGCUUCACGGGAUUUAUUCAUUAAAAAGUUCUCGUGCAAGUCCCCAGUAUAUCACAAUUGCAGGAUCUAUGCAAGUGAUGGAAGACUACUUUGCUACUGUGACCGCAAAAAACUGGAAUGGUAUGUUCAACGUAAUUUGGCGAAACUAAUUGAAGAUAGUCCUCCAGCAAUCAUGCUUCUAUUUGAGCCUAAAGGUCGUCCAGAGGAUGAAGAUAAUGAGUUCUAUAUUCAGAGCAAGAAAAAUAUUUGUGUUGGAUGUGGAGAAAAGAGCCACUAUAUUAGAUAUAGAAUAAUACCAUCAUGCUACAGGAUGCAUUUUCCAGAGCAUCUGAAGAGCCAUCGUUCACAUGAUAUUGUACUUCUCUGUGUAGACUGUCAUGAAAUUGCUCAUUCAGCAGCUGAGAAAUACAAAAGGCGAGUAGCAGAAGAAUUCGGAAUACCCCUUUUUGUGCAAAAGAUAGUGAACUCGGGUGAUAUAAGUUUGAUUGCCGACACAUCAAUAUCUGAAGAUAAGUUGAAUGGAACAGGCGUCUCCCCAUUGCAGCUAAGGACUGCUGCAAUGGCUCUUCUACGGCAUGGAUCCACUAUGCCAUUGAAGAGGUGUGAAGAGCUAAUGCAGAUUGUAAAGUCAUAUUAUGGAGGUAGGGAUGUAACUCCUGAAGAUCUCGAGAUGGCAUUACUUGUAGGUAUGAGUCCGCAUGAGCAAAGACGUCUUGAAAAUAAAAAAGGUUAUUCAUUUAGAGCUCAGGCUCAAAAUAUUAUUAGAAAGAGCAGCAGCAACACCAUCUCAGAAAACCAUGGACAUGUAUCAGAAAAUAGUCAUGUCUUAUCUGACCAAUUUCCUGAGGAUGGAACUGAGAGUAAUGGUCAACAAGAGUUUGAUGAGGCAGAGAGUCGCAAUGAGCUAGAGGAUUUAACCUUGAGCCAGGGCAGUUCAAGUUUGGCAGUCAGUAUUGAGGAUACCACUUUUGACCAUGACCCAGUGGCACUCGAGACAGAUACUGAGCAGCAAGCAGGUGGCGCCUGCGCUCCUGCAAACGGCCAUCUCGACAGAGAUCCAUCCAUCUGUGACAAUUCUAAUCAGGCCAUUUCCAAGAAUGCUGUGAAGAAGAUAUCCCUGUUGGGUCAUGGGCAUCAUGGUAAACAAGUUGUGGAGCUUUUGCUUUCCAACGGUGGGGAGGAAGCUAUUAACCAGUUCUGCCAGAGGUGGAGGCAGGUCUUUGUUGAAGCUGUUCACCCGCGCUACUUACCUUCUGGCUGGAAUAUCAACCACAGUGGACGGCGGGAUUUCGGUGAAUUCAGUGUCUACAAGCCAGUGAAGCAUCCAGCUCCACCCCGAAGCGAUUAGGCUAUGGAUCUCCUCAAUACCUUUGCUGUUGUUGUACACUUGUACACUUCCCAGAGUAGUUUGCAUUCCAUCAAACCUGAUCUUUGUACCUCUCAAACUGUGUUCUUGCACUAGCACCUUGCUUUAUCUCGAAAUAACAGUUUCAUCUUCUUCGUUACA